AUGGAGAAAGACCGCCACACGAGAAGAUAUAGACAAACGCACAAUGCAAUCUAUAACGACGUGAGUAGCCAAGACUUGGAGAAUUGUUUAAUCGAUACACUUGAGGAGGAAAGCAGAAGUCUCGCUGAGAUUGUGACACAUAUAGUACGACCCCCUAAAGAUUUUGUAUGCCCCAUAACAGGUCAAAUUUUCAGUGAGCCUGUUACUCUUGAAACUGGACAGACUUAUGAAAGAAAAGCGAUUCAGGAAUGGUUGAAAAGAGGAAAUACAACUUGCCCCAUUACACGGCCGCCAUUGUUUUCAACUGUAAUGCCUAUGAAUUAUGUCUUGAAAAGAUUGAUUACGUCUUGGCAGGAACAGCAUCCUGAUCUUGCUCAGGAUUGUUCUUGGACUGGUACAUCAGUAGUAAGUACUGUCAGUUCUUCCUUCAAAAUGGCGAAUUCUCUGGCAUAUACUCCUUGCCGACCAUUUCACAUUCCUCUAAACAGUACGUACGAGUCUCUUAACCAAAAAGGCAAAAGAUUAAUGCAAGAAGCAAUAUCUUCAUCGCCGACCAGUGUAAUAUCCCAGGCCACAGUCGAGAAAAUCAUUAACAGUUUAAACCCUUUUGUCUCUUGUCUUUGUAAUUUCGAAAGCUUGAAACAAUGUGAGACAGCUGUGCUCGCUAUAGCAGGGUUCUGGAAGGACUCGAAAGGUGAUUUAGCGGUCCAUUCUUAUUUAUCCGAAUUGGCUGUUGUGAACGGCUUUGUGGAAGUACUGUUAAAUUCCCGUGACAGAGAAGGCCUCAGAACCUCGAUUUACGUUCUUUCGGAGCUUAUUUGUGCUGAUGGAAAUGUUGGAGAGUCCCUUAGUAGUCUAGAUUCUGAUUUUGAUUGCCUAGCUUCUUUGCUGACGAGUGGGUUGUCAGAGGCUUCUGUUCUUAUGUGCCUGCUAAGGCCUACAUUUACUCAGUUGUCAGCUCAUGACCUUAUACCUUCCCUAGCCCAGAUGAUCCAGAAGAAAAAUGAAGAAUUUGAUCAUCUUCCGUUUGUAAUAGAGCCAAAAAAUGCUGCUAUCGCAAUGCUCGAACAGAUUUUUAUGGGAGGGGAUGAAACUAGCCAGUCCAGGAAUGCUGAGAGGUUUACCUCUGCUGAAGGAAUCCCUGCAUUAGUCAAGUUUUUGGGUAGGGUAGAAGUGAGGAGGCCAAUACUUUCCAUACUUUUAUGUUGUAUGCAGGUCGACCAAGGUUGCAAGGACUCAAUAGUAGAGGAGAUUGAACUUGCUCCAGUUCUUGAGUUCCUUCAUUCUGGAAAUGAUGACGAUAGAGGCCUGUGUGUGGCUUUUCUGUCAGAGCUGGUUCAGAGGCACAGACGGACAAAAUGCAAUCAAAUUUUGCAGACAAUUAAAGAUGAAGGAGUAUUCAGUACGAUGCAUACACUUCUUACAUAUCUUCAAAUGGCUCCAAGUGAGCAACAGUCGGGCAUUGCUUCUCUUCUUCUCCAACUGGAUCUCCUGACUGAACCACGAAGAAUGAGCAUUUACCGAGAAGAAUCUAUAGAUGCACUGUUUGAAGCCUUUCGAAGAAAGGACAACUAUAAUUCUCAAAUUGCAGCUGUAGAUGCUUCAUUAUAUCUAUCUGGGCGAUUGACUUCCUCGGGGAAGUCCUACACAAAAGCGUGGUUGCUCAAACUUGCAGGAUUUGAUCAGCCUUACAAUGCUUUGAUGAAGGCCGAGGGACUGAGGAAGCCUGACUACGAAUUAUCAGACAGAGAGGAGGAAGAGAAGGCAGUCAGCGUAUGGGAGAAGAGGAUAGCACUUGUUCUUUGUAACUAUGAAAAAGGGUACAUUUUUGAAGUUAUGAAGGAAUGCCUGAAGAGUAAAUCAUUAGAGAUGGCAAAGUCCUGUCUUGUCAUUGUUUCCUGGCUCUGCCACAUGGUUUCGACGCUCCCAGAUACUGGGGUACAAGAGAUUGCUCGCAGGUCCUUGCUUGAUGAACUUGUAAACGUUCUCCAAUCUUCUAACAGCCUGGAGGAGAAGAUUUUAGCAUACCUUGUUUUGAAAACUUUCCUUAGUGACCCAGCUGCACUUGAGGAACUGGGACUUCAUGCAAGAUCCAUCAACAAAACGUUGAGAAAGCUUAGGAGAAGCUCUUUGGUGGUCAAUGAUAUAAUAAAAGCCUUGAUGAACGUGCCAUCCGUUGAUGCAACAGAGCUCUGGAGUUAUACGGAAGUUGGUGCACUAGAUUCCAGCUCAAAUGGAGAGGUUUUGUCCUUGGUUCAUCUGAAUGGGCGGGUCUUAAGCAGUCACUCGGACGGAACCAUCAAGGUUUGGGAUGCUGGAGAUAAAGUAUUGAAGUUGAUCCAAGAAGCACGCAAGCACACAAAAGCUGUAACAUGCCUGUGUCUUUCCUCUUCGGGCGACGCAUUAUACAGCGGUUCCUUAGACAAAACAAUCCGGGUAUGGACCGUCAAGUGUGAAAAAAUACAGUGCGUUCAAGUUCAUGAAGUGAAGGAGCCAAUCUAUGACAUGAAAGCCAACGCCAAUGUCGCAUGCUUUGUUUCUCAAGGAACUGGCGUUAAGGUGUACAACUUCUCUAGAGUUCCCAAGCAAAUAAAUUUCAAUAAAUACGUCAAGUCCCUGGCAUUAUCAGAAGAUAAACUUUAUUGCGGUUGCUCUGGUAACUGUAUACUGGAGGUGGAUUUGAAAACAUACACAUUCUAUGCUGGCGUAAGAAAGUUGUUAUGGUGUUACAACAUCUACUCCUUACACUUACACGGAGACCUGCUGUUUGCUGCCGAUUCAGCAGUGGAUGGAACUGCAGGCAAGACAUUUUCGCUGUCAAACAAGACAACAGUGGGAUCCUUUUCACCUGGAGUUGACAUCCAUCACAUGGUUGUAAGCACCGACUUGUUGUUUACAACCUCGAGAUUGGGCAUGAUUAUAGAGGUCUUGUCGAAAGAAAAGUAUACAAAAAUUGGUUCAGUUAAAUUAGGUAGUGCUAGUGGUAGCCACACAAAGAUUACAUACCUAACUAGAGAUGAUGAUAGAGGAUUGCUCUUUGUUGGAACCUCUAGCGAAAAGAUACAGGACGGAUAAACAGGUCCAAUUUUUCGAGAACGAUAUCAAGCUCAUUUGUGCUUCUUGUAGAGAGAUUUUCGUCCAGCAACCCAAUUUGCUUGAGUUUGAAGCAUUUGUGGUGACAUUCAAGGUAAACAAGUCCAGCUUUCCGAGAAUGAGAUCAAGCUUCUUUGUGCUUCUUUUAGAGAGAUUUUGUCCAACAACCCAAUUUGCUUGAGCUUGAAGCACCUAUCAAUAUUUGUGGUGACAUUGAGGGGCAGUUCACUCCUUUACUUUUUUAAUAUGGUAAACAGAUCCAGCUUUCCGAGAACGAGAUCAAGUUUCUUUGUGCUUCUCUCAUGAUAGAUUUUGUCCAACAACCCGAUUUGCUUGAGCUUGAAGCACCUAUGAAGAUUUGUAGUGACAUUCAUGGGCAGUUCACUCAUUCGUAAACAGGUCCAGCUUUCCGAGAACGAGAUCAAGCUUCUUUGUGUUUCUUCUAGAGAGAUUUUGUCCAACAACCCAAUUUGCUUGAGCUUGAAGCACCUAUCAAGAUUUGUGGUGACAUUCAUGGGCAGUUCACUCCUUUGUUAAGACUUUUUUAAUAUGGUAAACAGGCAGCUUUCUGAGAACGAGAUCAAGCUUCUUUGUGCUUCUUCCAUAGAGAAUUUGUCCAGCAGCCCAAUUUGCUUGAGCUUGAAACACCUGUCAAGAUGUGUGGUGACAUUCAUGGACAGUUGACUGAUUUGUUAAGACUUUUUUAAUAUAGGGGUUUCCAGUAAACAGGUCCAGCUUUCCGAGAACGAGGGCAGGCAAACAGGUCCAGCUUUUCGAGAACGAGAUCAAGCUUCUUUGUGUUUCUUCCAGAGAGAUUUUGUCCAACAACCCAAUUUGCUUGAGCUUGAAGCACCUAUCAAGAUUUGUGGUUGUUGUGCGCCGAAAGCGGAACAAAUGUACUCACAACACCAAAGUUACUCAAGACAUACAAUAUGACACUCAAAACUUGAUGAUUUCAACAGCAGAAAGAAUGGCAUUAUAUAGCCUUCUGCUAAACCUAAACAUAAACUAACAAGCCAAAAAAAGACCUUGAGAAUAGGUCUUGGUCCUAGAGAAUAGGGCUUAUGACAGUGUUCAACAAUCUCCACCUUGUCAUAAGAUCUCCAAGUUGAUAGCUAAUUUGGUUGCUACCAUGUCAACACACUACUCCCUUCCGACGUUGAUGAAAUCUAAACAAUGCCAGAACUUUUCACGAGUGAUAACCUUUGUCAACAUAUCAGCAGGGUUAUCAGCAGUUCCAAUUUUUAAUAACCGAAUAUCCCCUUUGCUAAUAAUUUCUCGAAUAAAGUGAAAACGGACAUCAA